GCAGCCCACAUGUAAACCAGGUCCAGGCUUGCCUUUCAUCCUGUGAGCGCAUCUUCCCACCUAUUGGAAGUGGGAGAGAGAGAAUUAGAUCAUCCACUCCCGACAGAGCUGCGAGAAGAUGAAGACAAGACAUUGUUCCCAUAGGGAUGGGCAUUUAACUAGGUAGGGGGAGGAAAAUCCCAGCGAGCCGAGCUGAGCCGAGCCCUCGCGCGUGGGAGCGUCUGAGCCCAGGCCAGCAGCGAAAAGGAGACGCACGCUGAUGUUCCGGCUUCCUUCGCAAAGCCAGAGAGCGCCGCAGGGCGCAGCUCUGCCGGAGUUAAAGACAGGCAGAGCCAGCCCUUCCUUCAGCGGGGAGGGGCACCGGCACAGACCCCAGGAACCAGCUGGGCACGUACCUCCGCGGCACCCGGGAAACUUUCUUCUCCGGAGAGCACCGCGGAGCUGGAAAGUUUCCCGUCCCCAUCCGAGCCCUGUAACAGGGAUUAUCCAAGGCAGAAGAACUUCCUCCUUUUAGCCGGCUGCCUGAUCAUCUCCCAUGAUGCACCACAGUUUGGUGUGGAGAGUCGUGGGGUGGAGAGGCAGUGCAGUGUGGGAGUAACAUGCCCAUGAUGCAUCAGAGGAGAUGAAGUCGGGCUGAGGAGUCAGGCACACAGAGGAGAAUGGAGACUAAGAGUCACCAAAAGAACCAGAAAGCAACACACUAUAAACUCAACCAGGCUUAUAAACAAGAGUGAAUUACCAGGAUCCUGACAUCUGCCCUGAUUUCUGCUCUGUGACCUUGAGCAAAAGAUGUGUGAGAUCAGUAAAGAUACAACAAAGAACUUAACAGAGGUUCACUCAAUCCCACUAGGUCUGGGCCUGGGCAGCAUCUCACUGAUCACAGUCAUCAUGAAUAUUUUGGUCCUAUAUGCAGUGAAAACAGAAAGAAAGCUGCAUACAGUUGGGAACCUGUAUAUUGUCAGCCUAUCAGUCGCAGACCUUAUAGUUGGUGCAGCUGUUAUGCCACUGAACAUUAUGUACCUACUGAAUGGCAGAUGGGUACUGGGCAGACCAGCCUGUCUGUUCUGGCUCUCAAUGGAUUAUGUAGCCUCCACAGCCUCCAUCUUCAGCCUUUUUAUAUUGUGCAUAGAUCGUUACCGUUCAGUUCAGCAGCCACUCAAGUAUCUCAAGUACCGGACCAAAACUCGAGCAUUGGUAAUGAUUUCUGGAGCUUGGCUGGUUUCUUUUCUGUGGAUCAUCCCAAUUCUAGGCUGGCAUGCUUUUGCCAAUGAUGGGAGAUGGCAAGUGGAAGAAUGGACCUGUGAAACAGAGUUCUCAGAAGUCACCUGGUUUAAAGUGUUGACGGCCAUUGUCAACUUCUAUAUCCCAUCUUUACUGAUGUUAUGGUUCUAUGCAAAAAUAUACAAGGCUGUCCGGAAACACUAUCAGCACCGAGAGCUCAUCAAUGGAUCGUUUCGGUCUUUCUCAGAAAACAAAAGUAUACAUCAUGAUAAGGUGCAGGAAAAGCAAAACAUUCUCCACAAAAAGCCAAAUAAAGGUAUAAACACAGGUCUUUUGAAAGGAAGCUCUGUAGACCCUUGCUGUAAUGUAAAUCUCUACUUCCCUCAGCCCAAAGGUAUGGGGGCGAAGCUUCAACACAGCAGCUUUGACAAACCCCCAAAGGCUUGCAUUACAGAAGAUGACAGCAAGGUAGUAAAACUGAGCUGUUUUCCCCUUGCCAUUGCCCAGACUCAGCCAGGAUCAGAUAAAGUGGGACUGAAGUAUGUGUCUGUCAAGAAGGGGCCUUGCUCACAGGCUCCAGAGUUAAGUGACACAUCAGAUGAGCACACUUUCAUGGAGGGGGCCUCCUGUAAAAAUGACUCCGAUCCCACCCCGAUCCCAGCAACUUCUAGGGCUGAGGAAAAGACUAACAAAGACUUUGCAGGCCUCAGUUACCUGAAGAGCACCUGGCUGAGACUGCGCACCCAGUCCAUGCAAGGGGUGCAUGUGAACAGGGAGAGGAAAGCAGCCAAGCAGCUGGGUUUCAUAAUGGCAGCCUUUAUGCUGUGCUGGAUUCCCUAUUUUGUGCUGUUUAUGGUAAUAGCCUAUUGUCAAAGCUGUUGCAACCACAGUUUCCAUAUGUUCACUAUUUGGCUUGGUUAUGUGAACUCCACUUUAAAUCCAUUCAUCUAUCCCCUCUGUAAUGAGAACUUCAAGAACACGUUCAAAAAGAUCCUUCAUAUUCACUCAUAAUACCACAUCAGGCUGUUUUUAUUUGGGGUGGAAAAAAAAGUGAGUCCAUGAUUUUUCAAAGAAAAAAACUUUCCAGUUUCAAGGGAAAUUAUGAAUGAGGUAGAAAGGCUUUAAAAAUGUAAUCUGUAGAACUAUCAUGUGAAAACAGGAAACACGUAUUUACGUGACAAAUAAGAGCUUUAAAGUUCAAAGUAUUUAAAGGGGAACUGGCUUUGACCAAGAUUCCUGAAAACUCAGGGCUCAGUCUCAGGACUGCUAUGCUAAUGUACAUAUUUUACAGUGAGUAAGACUUCCUCUUUCCAUUAUGUGGAACAUAACUGGAGAGAUAGACAGAAAUCUUCAGUGGUUAUGAGCUAAUUAGAUAUGGAAAGAAAAAAAGACUUCAGUUUAUAUAUUCACUCUAAUGUCUUCUGUAACUUACUUUUUUUUACGUUAACCUGGGAACAUGCUGCUUGUUAAAGGCAGAUCUACAAGAUAUGGUAUUUCAUGUAGUCAAAGUAUGACACUUGAACUGUUUGAAAAUGUACCCUGUUUAUUUAUAAAUUCCCCCAGAAUCAUGCACUUUUAGAGAUACCAAGUUGCAUUGUCAUGUACUAUAGAAACCUUUGAUAUUGUGUUUGUAUUGAUUUCCAGCAGCAUUGUUCAUUUUAUUAGAAAAGGUAUCAGUAUUUUUUCUAAAUGCUAAAUAUUUUUACCAUAUUUAUAAAGACUUCUCUUCUACCAAAGGUAACUGGAGUAUGGUGGGUUUGAGAAUACAAUUGUUUCUAAACUUGCACUGUAAAGUAGACGGAGGAUAAUAUACUUUUUCCUCCUUCCUACAACUAGGACAUAGCCCUAGCAAGUUCCCCUAAAGCUGGAGCAAAUAUGCUGCACUACAUUAGGUGAGCUCUUCACACAAAGCUGCAUAAAGCAACUGAUCUUUUCAAGGCAGGAAAGUGAAUAAUUAGAGUACAUUUUCCUUUCCCGUCAUUUAAGUUUAAUUGCAUCUUACAAGCCACACUGUAAUGGCUAGUACACAUUUCCUGAACUAAGCUAUGAAUGGAACACUUGUGCCAAGAAAACAAACAGUUUGAUUUGGAAGAACUGGAGAGGCUUGCAGUCAGAGGUGACACUAACAAUCUGACACUUGCCUAUGCAUUGGCAGACUCCUUUGCCCCCUAUAGCUACAGUGUACCAAUAAUCCCCAGAACCAGACAUACCCUUCCACACAAUAGGAAUGAACUCUGCCCCAGUGAGUGUAUUUAGAUAUAGAUUUCUAAAUAUGUAUUAAUUAAAGGUCAGAGGAAGACAAUAAAAUAUAGUUCCUUAGAGCAGUAGUUUUCAACCUGUGGUCCGUGGAGGUCUGCAGAUUGUGUCUAAGAUUUUCAAAGGGGUAUGCACCUCCAUUCAAAAAAUUUUAGGGAUCCGCAAAUGAAAAAAGUUUGAGAACCACUGCCUUAGAGAAUGUGUAUGUGGUGGCAUAAGUGAAAGGCCCGCUUACAGCCAGGCUUGAAGUGUACCAGAACAAUUAUACCAAAAUUGGGUCAUACAGAGGGUGGGGAGCAUUUCUGGACACAUUUUAUGUGACUAUCACAUCACGCUAUGAUGAGGGCACAUCCUCCCCUGACAGGAAUAUUUGAAAGAAUCUUUGCAAAGAGAAUCUCAUGUAUUGUCCAUCCCUUCAGGGUGGCUAUUUCCAUGUGUACUGAGAUGGCUCUUGACCCUCUGCUAUUAUACUAUCCGCUUCUAUAAGAAAUACAGUGACCAGACUACUUUAACAGGUGUAGUCACUGUUGUCAGUGCAGCAGCUGGGAAGGUGCUUCCCAGCACAAGCAGACAGACCCACACUACCUCUGCUCAUGCGAGCGUGCUAAAACUAGCAGCGUGGCUGCAGCAGCACGGGCAGUGGCUUGGGCUAGCUGCCCAAGUACAAACUCGCCUAACCCCCUCGGUAUGUACUUGGGCAGCUAGACCAAGUCACUGCAGCCAAAGUGCUAUUUUUAGUGCGCUAGCUCGAGCAGAGUUGAGCAUGCAUCUGUCUACUGGAGCUGGGACUCAUGCCCCCAGCCAAUGUGUAGACAUACCGGAAAGGUGGGUGUGUGGAGAUGAAAUAUUUAUGCAUACUCUGUAGUCAGGAAGAUGAAUGGCCUCAUUUUCAGAGCUAUCUCCAAAAUUCAGUGUAAAGUUUAAAAAGUGGCUGUCCUCCCCACUACUAUCCUGGCACAUUUGCCUGCCACAGAGAGCUGUUACUGUUUCCUGAUUGACAAACAGGAGGCAGGUGCAUUUGACAGUGUUCAAUUAGCCUGUAUUACAGUACAAGGGGAAGAUUGUAGCUUAAUGGUUAGAGGGUAGCUGGGAGUAAGGACUCCUUGGUAGUAUUUCCUGCAGGGCCACAGACUUACUAAGUGACCUUGCACAACUCAGGACCUCUGUGCCUCACUCUCUUCAUCUGCAAAAUGAGUGUUAAGACUUACCUAGCUCACAGGGGUAAUGUGUGACUUAAGUAAUGAGUGCAGAGUGUUUUGAAAUCCUGAGAUGAAAGGUGCAAUGUAAAUGCACAGUAUUAUCAUCCUCCUUAAGUGCAGUUACCUUAUCUGCCUUAAGAUCCUUAACACUCUCAGAUGUACUUAAAGAACUCAGUAUUAAAUGAAGACCCAUUAAAUGUGCACUUUACUAAAUGGCUGGCUUGAGGUCCAGAAAACCACACCUUCCAAUGAAAGACAAGCUAAAUAGACUGAACUUAUCAAAGAGGAGUGUAAGAGGUGACUUGAUUGUGCUCUCUAAAUAUCUACACACAGAGAAGAUAUCUGAUAUGAGGGAGCUCUGUAAUCUAGCAAAGGCUUCACAAGAUACACAGACAGAAGUUGAAGGCAGAAAAAUUCAAUUUGGAAAUGACAACUUUUUAACAGUGAAAACAACUUUUGAACCAUUGGAACAGCUUACCGGGGCAUGUAGUAAAUUCACCACCACUUGGAGCCUUUCAAUUGAUACUGGAUGUCUCUCUAAGACAUGGGUGGGCAAACUACUGCCUGCGCCACUCUCAGAAGCAGCCGGCACCACAUCCCUGAGGCCCGGGGGCAGGCAGAGGGCUCCAUGUGCUGCCCUGUCCUCCAGACACCGCCCCCCGCAGCUCCCAUUGGCCGGGAACAGGGAACCAUGGCCAAUGGGAGCUUCGGGGGACGUACCUGGAGGCGUGGCAAGGGCAACACGCAGAGCCCUGUGCCCCUCCCUUCCCCAGGGGCCGCGCAGGGACAUGGUUCUGGCUGCUUUGCAUCGCGGCGUGGGGCCAGGGCAGGCAUACAGGGACCCAGCCCUGGCCCUGGUGCGCGCCACUGCCACCCCAGAGCUGCCUUAGGUAAGCGGCACCAGGCCAGAGCCCAAACCCCUCCUGCACCCCGCUCCCCAACUCCCUGCUCUGAGCCCCCUGCCUGCACCUUGCACCCCUCCUGUACCCCAACCCCCUGCCAUGAGCCCCCUGCCACACCCCGCAUGCCUCCUGUACCCCAGCUCCCUGCCCUGAGCCCCCUGCCACACCCCUCCUUCACCCCUGCCCUGUGCCGCACCCUGCACCCCUCCUGCACCCCAACUCCCUGCCCUGAGCCUCCUGCCUGCACCUCGCACUGCUCCUGCUCCCCAACUCCCUGCCCUGAGCCCCCUGCCUGCACCUCACACCGCUCCUGCUCCCCAAUCCCCUGCGGCACUCCGCACUCCAACCCCCUGCCCUGAGCCCCCUGCCGCACCCCGCACCACUCCUGCACCCCAACCCCCUGCCUUGAGCCCCCUCAUACACAAC